ACGACAGAGAGAACAAACACUGACAGCUCGUCAGGUGCUCGGCUUGUGUGAGUUUACACAGGUGUAGAGAAUGGCAAUGAAUGAGGAAGUGACGUUGCAGCUCACGAGACAGUCAGCAAACACGGAGACGGAGUUGGAGAGAAAGAAAAAAGCGGGGUUUUAUUGUCUUUAAAAAGGUGAAGACAAGAGAAAGGCGGUUGCUGAUUUGGAUUAGGAGAGAGAGAGGUAGGCAAGCCUGCCUGUCUGCCUGUCUGCCAGCCGGAAGGUAUUGGAACUGCACACAGGACUAAAUAAAAAGGCAGAGGUGCUGAACCAUGACAGGCUUCUAAGGUUUCUCCUGGCAAUGCAGAAGCAGGACUCUGCUUUAGGACCCUGCUGAACGUGCUGACUCCCCACCCUCUCCCUCUCUCGCUGUAGCCCAUGCACACCCACAGCACCAUGGGCAGCCCUCCAGAGGUGCUGAACUGGUACUCUUCACCCAACCACAUUGUAGACACGCUGAAGGAAGAGAUACUGCUGAGUGCCAGGGAUGCUACCAGCAAGAGCCCUUUACCCCCCCUCCUGUCUCCACCGGAGAUAAUCGAGAACCUUGUACCCUCGCAGCAGCAGCAGCAGCAGGACCCCCCAGAGGAAGCGCUGGUACUGGGGAGCAGCCCCCCCACGACGGCCCUGAUCAGUGUGAGCGAGGACUGCGCGCGGGAGCAGCGGCACUUUGACAACAGCGUGCUGCAGCUGCAGGAGAACGAGGAGCCUGAGCGCCCCGGCAGCCCCACCCCUGGGCACACCUGUGGAGGGAGUGGAGGCGAGGGUGGCCACGGCAACAGCCACACCGGCUGCAACGGAGCACGAACUCACGAGGAGUUCAAGAUGCACUUCCACCGGUCAGGCAGCGGCAGCAGCGGCUUCCUGGAGGGGCUCUUCGGCUGCCUGCGUCCGGUCUGGAACAUCAUUGGGAAAGCCUACUCCACAGACUAUAAGCUGCAGCAGCAAGAUACGUGGGAGGUCCCUUUCGAGGAGAUCUCGGAGCUGCAGUGGCUGGGGAGCGGCGCCCAGGGGGCAGUCUUCCUGGGCAAGCUCCACAUGGAGGAGGUGGCCAUCAAGAAGGUGCGGGAGCAGAAGGAGACGGACAUCAAGCACCUCAGGAAGCUCAAGCACCCCAACGUCAUCGCCUUCAAGGGUGUCUGCACGCAGGCUCCGUGCUACUGCAUCAUCAUGGAGUACUGUGCCCACGGGCAGCUAUAUGAGGUGCUGCGGUCAGGGAGAAAGAUUGCCCCCCGGCUACUGGUCGACUGGUCUACAGGAAUAGCCAGCGGUAUGAACUACCUGCACCUCCACAAGAUCAUACACAGGGACCUCAAAUCACCAAAUGUAUUGGUCACACAUUACGACGGUGUUAAAAUAUCAGAUUUCGGUACGUCUAAGGAGCUGAGUGACAAGAGCACAAAGAUGUCCUUUGCAGGGACUGUGGCGUGGAUGGCACCAGAGGUGAUCCGCAACGAGCCAGUGUCUGAGAAGGUGGACAUUUGGUCAUUUGGAGUUGUGCUCUGGGAGUUACUAACUGGUGAGAUCCCCUAUAAAGAUGUGGAUUCCUCUGCUAUCAUCUGGGGAGUUGGCAGUAACAGCUUGCAUCUCCCAGUACCUUCCACCUGUCCCGACGGCUUUAAAAUUUUAAUGAAGCAAACCUGGCAGGGUAAGCCUCGGAACCGGCCCUCCUUCAGGCAGAUCCUCCUCUACCUGGAAAUUGCCUCUGCUGAUGUUCUCGGCACCCCUCAGGAGACCUACUUCAAAUCCCAGUCAGAAUGGAGAGGAGAAGUAAAGAAACACUUUGAAAAGAUCAAAAGCGAAGGCACCUGUAUCCACCGGUUAGAUGAAGAGCUGAUUCGUCGCAGGCGAGAUGAACUCAGGCACGCUCUGGAUAUCCGCGAGCACUAUGAGAAGAAACUGGAGAGGGCCAACAACCUCUACAUGGAGCUGAGCGCCAUCAUGCUGCAGCUGGAGGUCCGGGAGAAGGAGCUCAUGAAGAGGGAGCAGACUGUGGAGAAGAAGUACCCCGGUACAUACAAGCGACACCUGGUGAGACCCAUUGUGAGGCCCAACGCCAUGGAGAAACUCAUCAGGAAGAAAGGCAGCAUAUCACACAAAGUGGGAAUGCAGGCCAAGAGGCCAGACCUGCUGCGGUCGGAUGGGAUCCCCAGCGUGGAGAUGUUGCCUUCCAACUCGCCACUCUCAGGGAGCCCCAAAGUAUCCACCCCACCGGGCAAAGCGAGGUACCGCAGCAAACCGCGCCACCGCCGGGGCAACAGCAAGGGCAGCCACAGCGAGUUCACCGGCAUCCUGAUGAGUGUGCCGGCCGCUCCAGAGGAGCAGCAGCACCUUGCCCACAACCACCACUUCCACCACCCCCAACCCCCUGACAGCCACCUCCGCAGAGAGGACGCCGUGGCCAACUGCGCCAACAACCUGCGCUACUUCGGCCCAGCUGUCGCCCUGCGGAGCCCCCACACAGACCACCUCCAGCGGAGGGUGUCCGGCUCCAGCCCCGAUCUCAUCUCCACCACCAUGGAGGCCGACUCCCGCCAGAGAGCAGCUUCUGAGAGCGCCAGCCAGAGCCCCUUGUGUCCCUGCUGCCAGACUCACCCCUACCCCGGCUGUCUGCACUGCCAGGAGAUGGCUGUGACUGCCACAAUGCCAGCUGACAGACUGGCAGACGCCAACGGCCCUGCUCACAGCCAGCCUGAGCGCCCUGCCUGCUGCCUCCUCAAUUCCUACGAGAUUCCCAAGCAGUCAGAGCGCUCCGCAGCAGCUUCCGAGGACAGAGAGCUGACCGGCAGUUUCCAGCAGGGAGCCGCUCCCGGCGCCACCCCCCAGCACCUCACCCCGCAGGGCCUCCCUCGAAAGCUGCGACCCCUUCGAAAGAAUGGAGACUACUCGUCCGAAGAGGAGGAAGGAGAAGUGGACAGCGAAGUGGAGUUUCCACGUAGACAGAGGCCUCACCGCUGCAUGAGCAGCUUCCAGUCCUGUUCCACCUUCAGUUCUGAGAACCUGUCGGUGUCGGACGGGGAGGAGGGCAACACCAGCGAUCACUCACACAGCGGGCCCCUGGACGGGUUCGGGAACAGCCAGGAGGAACAGCUGGAUGAGCGGCUGGACGAGCUGCUCUCACAGACCCCCGAGAUCCCCAUUGACAUCUCUACACAGUCUGACGGGCUGUCUGACAAGGAGUGCGCCGUGCGCAGGGUUAAGACUCAGAUCUCCUUGGGCAAGCUCUGUGCCGAUGAACACAGCUACGAGAACCCACUGCACUUCGCAGAGUCUGACUGUGACACCUCGGAAGCAGAGUGCUCCGACGCCACCAUUCGCAAUAACAAGCCCUGCAGCACCUCCACCUGGUGAGCAGGGGAGUCCGGCUGACUGAGGCUUCAGCUGAACAGAGACUGCUCAGCGUCAAGGAACAAGGAAACAGGACUUUUGUAACAAAACUGCAAUAACAGAAGAAAAAACAAAACUGAUCCAACCUUCCUCCCCUUACCAAAACCGGUUCCAAACCUAAACAUCGCUAUCAUUUCAAUUACAUAUGGCAGGGAUUACAUAAUUGUUGAAUAAUGUAGCUAGUGUAACGUUGAUAAUUUAUUUUUAUUUGACAUUUAAAAAGUACAAAAAAUCAACAACAACAAAAAAAUUGCACUGUAUAGCGUGGAAUAUUUUGAGGCAAUUUAUUGAGAAAAACAGAAAGAAAAGCUGAAUGUGAGUCUCAUAGGUUAUUAUGCGAGGACCAGUCUGUGCUCAUGACGGGGACCAGGUGAAUAAUUGAUAGGUUUAAUUUAGGGAACUGGAUUUUAACAGUGGAAUACAGAACUGUUAUUACUGCUGCUGCUUCAUUUUCUCUACAGAAUAUUUAAAAAAAACACCUCAACUUAACUACAAAAUUAUUUAUGGUGCAGACCUCUCCAAUAUCAUAUGUGUGCAAAUGCAUUUUGUGUAAUGCAUAAUCCUCAAGUAUUCCUUUGGGAUGGAUCAAACUAAACCACCUGGAGAUUUGCCUUUUUUAUUUCUUUUUUUCUUUUUACUUUCUUUACUUUUAUAGAAACAACUUGUCCCUUCCAAGUGCAUAAGAUAAGAAAAGCAAAGCUUGAACACCAGCAUGGAAAAAGCAGUUUUUUCACCAAGCAUGUCCGCCCAGCUUGUGUUGCGAGACCCCAGAGAUUAGCAUGAACUGUAUCUCGAUAGGAUGUUGCAAACAAGCUGACACACAAGCAGCGAAAACCAGCAAAACAAAUCCACCCCAAAGCAGCUGCUUAGACUUGGAAUGCAGUUUGCCCUUUUCAUUCUAACUGCUCUGUGGUUUUUACAAAUUUAUUAUUUACGUUCAUGAACAGGAACCAAACCAGUGUUGAAUUAUUUUACCGAAGGAAAUUCCAGUAUCUUCAGAGCAGCUUUUUAAAGACCGGACCAUCAUAGUCUCUGGGUUAAUCAACGUGGAGACUGUUUUUUUUGUUUUGUUUUGUUUUGUUUUAUAAAGUGAGUUCAAUACAAGUCCUGGAUAGUUGGUUACAAGAUGCAGCAUCCCUUUGUAUGUACUCCUCAGCCAAAAUGCCUCUCUUCUUCCACUUCCCUUGAUAGUGUAAUUUUGUUGUUGUUGUUAUUAUUAUUAUUAUUAUUAUUAUUAUUAUUAUUAUUAUUAUUAUUAUAUCCCAUGUCAUAAUUUAUACACACACAGGCUCCCCAUAAAAUAUGUGUCUUGCUUGAUGGACAAAAAAAAGUAUUUCAAGCAAGCAUAGCAAUUUAUUAAGUCAAGUUAUAAGCGUUUAAUCAUUUACAAAUGUAUAUUGUAAGGGGAACAAUAUCACAUAAUAGCAGCAGUGUAGACAUCUAGUAAACCUGGAAAAUACUAACUGGACAAUCCUAGUACCGUAGCCUUUUAAUCACACUAACUAUUAUUGUUGAUGCAUAUUUUAGGCAGCAGUGACAAUAUUUAUCUACUAGACAGAUGUAUUGUUUUUAACACACGCUAUUGAGCACUCUUACUUAGUUGUUUUUUUAAACAAGUGUGUUUUCAAUGCACAGCAUUUUUCCCAUACCAGAAAAGGGAUACUGCAUCUUUUUCAUCUGUAUGAUUGGCAGCAAUUCAUCUCAGGUCUUUAAAAUAGUGAGAGAAGCUCUCCUACUCCCCUGUUCAUUACGGAAUGAAAUCAGAUCACAAACCUUCCACUCUGCACAACAGUUGGAAUUCUGACCAGCUGUUCUGGACUGAAUAGGGCUGUCAACAACAUGACCUUCACUAACCAGUCAUUACUGUUUGAGAUGAAACCUUCUUCUAGAAAUACAAAAUAGAAAACGGUUCUUGCAUGCGGCUGUGCCAACAGUCUAAUUGCAGGUUUGAUUGCUAAACCUCUGCUAAACUUUGCUAAACAUUUUGCAAAGUGGUCCAGAUACAGGAACAUGACAGUGGAGUACCACUGUUGGUUCAUACCAUUGGCAUGACCAAAAUGCGCAACUGUUUACUGCUGUGGUACUAUUGGCUUAUAGUAGAAUAUAGCUGCCCUUGCACUUAUUUAUUAUUUUUGGUGGUGCUAGUCCCUUUUAAAAUACAUACAGGGUUACAGUCUGAUUAAUCUGUUUAUAACAGGACCUGGACCUUGUAGCCAACACUAAAAAGUGUCGACAAACAAAUGCAGCUCUUAUUGUCUGAUAUGUGUAGUUAAGUUCAUGGUAAUGAUGAUGAGGAUGAUAUGCUCCAAGUGAACAGCAGGGGGUGCUAUAACACCAGUAACACAUGUAUCAGCACACUACAAAUCGCCCUUCAGAAAAAUGUGGUUAGCGAAAAUCAGUUACUGUGGAGUGUGCAUACUGUUCAGCACUUCAGAGUACAGUACUGUGCAGAUGACAUUUAUAUGAUACAUGUUUAAGGAGAUGCAGUGGAACAUGUAUUCAUACCAACAAUAAAUUAGAUGUAUUCAUUUAUCAAGAGGCGGGGUCCUAGUAAUCCUCCACUUGCAAGCUUGUGCUAGCUUCUCAGUGAUGUUUUAGUGCAGCACAGUUGUCUCCACCAAAACUGUUUUAAAGCCUAAAGUGAAUUGCAACCUUUCUUCUUUUGUUUACAAUGUCUUAGAGGUAUGUAGAUUUUAAAUCAUAGACACUGUAAAUUAGCACAAUGUCUUAGAGUGAAGGAAGAUGUCUUACUGACACAAAAGUCAUGUCGGUCCAUGUAAAUUAUUCAAUUUUAAUGUUUUAAAUGAAUUUAAUUCAAUUUUAAUUUAAUUGUUUGUGUUUUGUAGCUGGCCUACAUCAAGAUCAUUUAAGUUAUGGUGCAAAUCUCAGUUGUAUCUGUAGAUCAGAAGUUCUGUUAAUUUGUGGCCGUUGUUUUUUAAACUGAAUUGCUUUCGUUGCAUCCUGAUGACAUUUCCUAAUAAGUAUUAUCAUAGCGCUGUAUCAGUGAAUGAUGGAAGCUGUCUUGAGUGGGUAUGGAAAGGGCUGUCGGCAUUGGUUUUCAUCAGGGACUCUGGGAAUGUCUCAAUCUCAAGAUGUUCCUGAGAGCGGUGUUUGAAACCCAUGUCUUUCUCAUCUGGAAGCCGGAGGUGCAGUCUUGAGUUAGCCACCAGUUAAGUGGAUUUGGCAGGCAGAUCUGUAAUCAUUAUCAUUUGCAGAAUUUGCAAUGACUGAAGGUUGAACCUAUCCAGUUCAUCUUCCAAACAGGCUGCGAAUAUCUCGCUCUUCUUUUUAGGCUUCAUUAGAAAUGCCGACAGGCUCUUUUCCGAUGUGUUCCUGGUAUGAAGAUUGUCUUUUACAGGAUCAAUCUGAUCAACCCUUUUCCUCUGUGAUCUCUUGAGCUUUCCCUUCUCUCCCACUUUCUCUAACCCUUUGUUUGAAUGGCUUCCUGAUCAGACAAACUGGACCAUGUCAUGUAUUAACCAGUGUGCAGUGAUGGAAAUAAGAAGGGAAAUCAAAGCAAAAACAACUGCAUGGAAUAAAAGCCAGUGUACUGUACCAGAA